AUGGGUGACACUCCACUGGCCUCGUUGUCCUUGACACAUGUCCAUUAUAAUCCCGAGGAUCCCCUGUCCUUAUUGUCGGCGUGGCUCGCCCUGCUGCCACAGGCACUAUGUGUCUCCUAUGCGACCCUAGUAUGGGCAUCGAGGGAGAUGGAGGUCAUCUUGAUGUUUGCGGGCCAACUGGCCUGUGAGGCAUUGAACUUCGCGCUCAAGCGGCUCAUAAAGGAGGAGCGACCGAGAGAAAUGUUUGGCAAAGGCUACGGCAUGCCGUCCUCCCAUGCCCAGUUUAUGACGUUCUUCGCUGUCUACCUCACCCUGUUCCUGGCCUUUCGACACACCCCGGCUUACGCGGGCCCCUAUCCCUACUGCGGUUUUCUCCUUCGAGCGGCCGUUACAGUGGGCCUCUGUGCUACUGCGGUCGGUGUCGCGGCGAGUCGUAUUUACUUGAAUUACCACACUCCCAGACAGGUGCUAGCAGGUUGUGGGGCCGGUUUCGUGUUCGCCUGCGGUUGGUUUGUGCUCACCAGCCUGCUACGAAACUCGGGCUGGAUCGAUUGGGCUGUGGACCUGACCGUAGCGCGUCUGCUUCGAGUCCGUGAUUUGGUGGUUAGUGAAGAUUUGGCUGAGGCCGGCUGGCUACGAUGGGAAGCACAGAAACUGAAGCAGCGCCACAGUGAAGCGCGCAAAUCGGAGUGA